AUGAUCAACACGUGCAGGAAGGAGUCCCAUCCCUUCCCCAUGAUCGGCAGCUGUCCCAGGCUCGGCUGGGGUACCUGUCGUCCGGUGCUGGAGCGCUGGUGCACGUCCCCGCGGACCAUCGAGGUCCUGAUGAACACCUACAGUCCCGGCGGCCGCCGCCCCGAGGGCGGCCCGGACGCCGACGAGCUGCCGCCCGCCCGGGAGACGGCGGCAGAGCCCGCGCCGCCGCCGCGCCCGCACUUCGCAGAGACUUUCCCGAGUCUGCCGGAGGGGAAGGUGUACAGCUCAGAUGAGGAGAAGCUGGAGGCACCAGCAAGAGACCCAGCAGGCAGCGAGCAGGAGGAAGAGGGCUCGGGCGGUGACAGUGAGGACGACGGUUUCCUGGACAGCUCUGGAGGGGGCCCGGGGGUUCUCCUGGGACCUAAACCGAAACUAAAGGGGAGCCUGGGGACUGGCGCCGAGGAGGCAGCACCAGUGGCAGCAGGAGUCACAGCUCCUGGGGGCAAGAGCAGGCGUCGCCGCACGGCGUUUACCAGCGAGCAGCUUUUGGAAUUGGAGAAGGAGUUUCACUGCAAGAAGUACCUGAGCUUGACAGAGCGCUCCCAGAUCGCCCACGCCCUCAAGCUCAGUGAAGUGCAGGUCAAGAUCUGGUUUCAGAACCGGAGGGCCAAGUGGAAGCGCAUCAAAGCUGGCAACGUGAGCAGCCGCUCCGGGGAGCCCGUAAGAAACCCCAAGAUUGUGGUGCCCAUCCCAGUGCAUGUCAACCGGUUCGCCGUGCGGAGCCAGCACCAACAGAUGGAACAGGGGGCCCGGCCCUGACGCGCCUCCCGAGGACUUUGGAAGCCAAGGGUCGGCGCCUGAGCCUGCUCUGACACUGGGUUCAGGCUCUGCGGACCCGAGGGGCUCCCACUGUGAUUCUGCCCUGGGAGGGGGCUCAGCUGGCAAUGAACUUAGCUCCAGGUGCGCUCUUCUGCCAACCUGGGAUGUGGGCACCUGGCCCUGGGCCUGUUCCAGAGACCCUCAGGACUGGGGCUUCAGGGUGAAAGGGGCCGGGGUUCUCAGUGCCCAGGAGCUGUGGGGACUGAGUGCGCUC